AUGAAAUAUAAUGAAGGAAAUACAUAUGAAAAUUUAUUUGAAACUUUAAAUUCUGAAGUUGAGUUAAAGUUUUAUAAUAAAUAAUUGUCAAUUUUAAGUAAAUUAAUUUAGAAUGAUAAGAAUUUUGAUAUUCAAUAUGUAUCAAUCCUUUUUUAAUUGAAAUUCUAUAAUUUGGCAUAUAAAUAAAUUAUGAUUGCUAAUAGUUAAAAUUAAACUAAAAAGUUAAACUAGAGUUCAGAUUUUUAUUAAAAGGAGAGUGAAUUGUCUAGAUUAUAAACAUUUAACAAUUAGGCAAAAGAAUCUAAUAGAUCUAUGAGUAAAUCAGGUAAAUCAAAUUCGGAAGAUUUAAAUAAUAUUAUUUAAAAGAAAGUAUUAAAAAAGAAUAAACUUUUAAUAUCUAUUAAAGAGAAAAUUCCAAUGAUAACUCAAGCUCAAAUGAAUUUCUUAAAAUAAUUGAUUCGUUCGGAUAUUAAAUCUUAACUUUAAAUGAUUAAUAACAAAAAAUAUAAAUUUAUAGAAAUAUAACUAGGAGUUGAAAUGUUUUUGAAAAAUGAGAAAAGAAAUAAUAAUUUAAGAUAAGCAAUACUUCAAUUAUUAUAAGAAAAGAUUAUAUUUUAUUCUUAAUUUGUAAAUAAAAAGAUAUUAAAUCAUCAAAAGUUAUUUGAUUCUGCUAAAAAAUUAAGUGGUUAAAUGUAUAAUAUUGAAUAAAAAUUAAAUAAAAGAUAUGAUUAAUAUCCAAGUCAUAAAAUAUAAUCUACAUUAAUUUAUUUCUAGGCAGAAUUAUAAAAUAAUUUUAUAGAAGCUUAUCGAAUAAAGAACUUAACAUCAAUAUCUGAAUAAUAACUAAUUGAUAUUGAAUAAAAUCUUUAAGUAUCUUUAUUCUCUAAGGAUGUUAUAUAUAUUAAUGCAGCUUAAUUGGAAGAUUAAGGAGAGUUAUUAGUCCUAAAUUGUUCUGAAAAUACAUAAAAAUUUUUUGAAUUUAGUAAUGAACAAUAAAAAUAAUUUACAUCUAUUAGUUGUAUAUUACCAGAUUUUAUAGUAAAUGAGCAUAAUAUAUUAGUAAAUAACUUUAUUUAAACAGGAUAAGCUAAAUUUUAUUUAUCUUAUUCUCCCUCCUUUUAUAAAUCAACAAAUAAUUUUAUUAAAUGUUGUGAUUUAUUAUUUGAUAUGCAUUUUGAUGAAAAUUAUUUAUUUAGAUAUUCUAUUUUUUUAUAGAAUACUUCCACUACUUAAUCUUAUAUAUUUGUUGAUGUCAAUGAAUAAUUAGGUGGAUUUACAGAAACUGUUUUUGAAAAAUUAAAAUAUACAAGUACAUUCAUAAAUGAAAUAAGCGAUUUUAAUUUUAAAAUAUUAAAUAUUGAACUCAUAUUCCCUGAAUUCUCGACUAUUAUUAAACAACGCAAAAAUAAUAUUAAAACUGAAUUAAGAUUUUUAAAAUAGGAUGUAUUUUUAUAAUAUUUACAGUAAACUGAUCAUAAAUUUACCAUAUUGGGCCUUUGGAAUGAUAGUAAAAAUCUUAAUUCAUUCCAGGUUGAUCUUAACAUACAAUUUUAAAAUAUAUGGGACUUUAAUUAUUAUAUAAUUGAAUUAAGAGAUUGUAAACCUUAUUAUUAAGAAAAUAUGAUAUCUUUAUAAAUUACUAGAUCAUAAAAUGAUAUAGAGAAUAUGUUUUAAUUGAGUUAACUUACAGAAUCUGAAGCAUAGGCUCUUGAUGCAAAAGAAUUUAAAAAAAAAUCAAAUAAAUUCAAUUUAAUAGAUUAAAUAUAAUAAGAAGAAAUAAUUUUAUCAUCUAAAAUACCUGCAGUUUAUAUUUAACAUAUUCCUUAAUCAGAUUUUGAACCAAAUAUCUUAAGUCCUAAUUCUAGUUAAAUUGGGCUAAAUGAGAUAUCUUACUCAAAAUAACCUUAAUUAUAAUAAUAAGAUUAUUUUAAUUAAAGUGUACGUGAUAAUUCAUACAGUAUGCAAAAAUCAAUUCAAUAAAUAUAACAUCAAAACAUUCUUCCUAUUGAAUAAAAAGAAGAUUUUUAUGAAUAAUAAUUUAAGAAAAAUACAUCUCUCACAUCAAAAUAAACUGGAAUUUAGAGAUCAAUGUUUUAUAAAAAAUAUGAAUUAAUUCAUGAUUCAUUAUUUUAAUAAGUACCUGCAUCAAUGAAUAAAUUAUUGUUUCUUAUUCUUAUUAGUUUAUUGAUCAGUCUUAUAUUUUAUAUUAUUGUACUUGCUUUAGUUUCAUAAGAUUUAACUAGAUUUAUAGCUGAAAUAGAUAUGAUACAAUUGCAUUCAGGUGUCAUGGUACCUCAUGAUUUUUAUUUUCAAAUGAGAUUUACAAUAUUUACUUAUACAGGAUUCGCAAAUAAAAAAAUAAUCACAAAAGACAGAUUCAAUAAUUUAACUGAUCUUUUAUAUAAUAAUAUGCAUAUUGGUUAUUAUGAAUUUAAGAAUGGAUUCACUGAAUAAUUAAAUAAUUAAUAUCUUUAACCUUUUUAUAAUGAUAAGAAUGUAACAGUAUACUACAUGUAUGAGUUUGGUUUAAAUACUUACCCAGUGACUUAUAAUGUCAGAGAAGUAUUCUUCACAUUUCUAACUUAUUACUAUGAAUUUCUUUUAAGAUUUCAAGCAAGAUUAAGUCCAGCUAAUUAGACUUAUUAAGUAUUUUAAUUUGCAAAUGCUUUUAAACUACAUAAUCUUCUUGAGAUAUUAGCUUAAGAAGCAUGGGAUUAUUCAAAAUAAAGAAGCAUUGUAAUAAAAGAUAAAUGGAAUGAAAUUUGGAUGAUUUUUUUAAUUUUUAGUUUUCUACCUAUUGCUUUAGCUAUUUAUUAUGCAAAACUUUAUAGAUAGCUUUAAGAUAAAUAUUUGAAUUUAUUUAGAUACUUUUCAAAUAUCAAAGUUUAAAGGGAGAUAGAUAAAACAAAGAAUUUAAUUAAAUAAUUAAAAUAGAAUCCUGAACGCCUUUAUCAUUAUAAGUUUGAAGUAGAAUAAUUUGAAGAGUAAAUUAUAUAUGAAAAAGGAGUAAUCGAAAAAGAAUAACAAAAGUAUAAGGAAUCAAAAUACUUACCCUAAUUUAAACAAUUACCUAUUACCUUUUCAGUUAUCAUUCUUUUAGGAGUUUGGAUAUUAUUUUUUUUAUUCAGUUUUUUUAGUAAUUAACAAGUCUAAUAAUAUUUGGACAAAUACCCUAAUUCAUGUGAUCUUUAUAAAUUUCUGUAAAACAUGUCAUUAACUACAGGAUCAUUACCCAGAAAUAAAGAAUUUAAAUUAGCUUUUCCAACAUUUCCAUAUAUAAGAGAUGAAGAUAAUGUAUUAUUUUAUGAAACAAUAAGAGAUAGUUUAAAUGAUAUUUAAGAGUUUCUUAAAUUGUGUUUAAAUUUUAAUCCGGAUUUAUAUUAUUCAUCAGAGGGAUUUUCAGAAUAUUUUAAUAAUGUUCAAUCAUAAAAUGUAUGUGAUAUUUUAGGAGAUGAAUAAGUUGGGUUUCUGAGUUAUUAUUGUAAUGUUUCUUUUAAUGGAAAUUUAAAAUUAGGGUUGUUGCCAACAAUUAAAUAUAUAUUUAAUGAGAUUUAACAAGAACAAUCAAUUAACAAUUUUACAUAAAGAGUUGAAUAUACAUUUUUAGAAAUGGAGGGAGGAUUAAUUGUAAUGAGGGCAUUUUAACAUAUGAGUAAGGUUUUCAAGAAUGGAAUGGUGACAAUAACUUAAGAAUAAAUCAAUAUUUCAAAUGUAAAAUAUUUCAAUUUAAUAUAGGCACUAUCAGUAUGUUACAUUAUCUUGAAUAUCUUACUAAUAAUAUAUUUUUCUUUAAUAUUACCAUUAGUAAUGAUAAAGGAACUGAUGUAAGUGAGAAGAUUUGUAUUAAUUGUUCCAAGAACUGUGUUAUUACUAGAUGAUCAAUUUGAACGUCAUGCUAGAAUGAUUGGAGUAAAUGAAAAAUACUGA